GUAUUCUAUAUAUAUCAUAUAAGAUUAUAUUCCAGUAGGAACAACAGUAAAUUUUAGUGAAAGAGAAAUUUAAAUAACUCAUAAUGAUAUUAAAUGUAAAUAAUAUUAGAGGACCUGUAGAUCAUAUAUCUGAUUUGGAAAUAAUAGGUGACUAUAGUAUUAAUUGUGAAAGGGAAUAUUGUAGUGGUAUAAAACAAUUAAAAUACUACAAAAAACCAUUGAAUAGUAGAAAUGUUAAUUUUAAUCUUAAUUUAAAUGAAAAUACAAUACAUAGGAUAAAUAAAGAUGAUAAACUAAAUUAUAUAUUGACAUGGAUACUUGAUAAUUUUGAUAGUCUUAAAGUACAAGAUUCAGAAGAUAUAACACAAUGGAUACAACCUCAAUUUGUUACAUUUCGAGGAACUUUAAAAUCCUUAUUAAUUACUCCAUAUGAACGAUAUAAUGGUUGGAUCAUAUGUGCUUCAAAAUUCAAAGGUACAAUAUAUUUAUGUUCUUUUGACACAGAAGAAAAAAAGCGAAGAGAAUUAUUUAAAACUAAUUACGAACGACUGUGUACAGACUGGGGCUAUAAAUUUGAGCAAUAUAUGCUAGCAGAUACACCAGACAACGAGCCUAAUACUUCUGAAUGCCUAAAUCAAAAUGAAGAAUUUUGCUGCGUAUUUAAAUCAAAAUUUGGUCAAGAUACUUUACUAUAUGCAGCUGAGUUAGAUGGAAUUUGUUCUAAACAAAUUAUAAAAGAUACAAUAGUAGGUAAAAAAUGUGAAUUAGUAGAACUAAAAACCAUUCGUCAACAUCUUAUUUCCAAUAAUGGACCACGAAACAUUUUUAAAAAAUUGUUAUGGUGGACGCAGUGCUAUCCAGCAGGGAUAGAAAAAAUUGUAUGUGGUUGUAAAGAUACAAAAGGUUUUGUUAGAGAGAUAAAAGAAGUGAUGACGAGUACAUUCCGCAUAAAAGUGGAAGAAGAUAGAUGUAAAAGUUUUUGUAGUGGAUUUUUAAAAAAAGUGAAAACAAUUGUCCAUGAAGAUUAUGACAAAUGUUUAUAUAAAUUUACAUAUAGUCCACAAAAAAGGACCAUUACUGUUGACAAAAUGAAACCUGAUAAUGAAUCAGAAUAUAUGUUUUUAUAUUCGUGGUACAUUGAUAACAUAAAGACUAAAUAUGAAAACAAAAAAUAAGUAACUUAGUAAGAGUGAGUCAAUUACUAAAAUUAUUUAAAUAACGCAUAAUUUAAUGCAUAAUUUUUAUUGUUGUCAUUAUUAUUUUAUUACUUUUUAUAAUAUUCUUAUUAUAUUUUGAAUAUAGUUAAGAAUUUUGACCUAAAAUUUGUUUUAUUGCUGACAUUUCUUGGUAAGACAUGGGUUGCAACAUUAAACCUGGAACAGGUGGAUUAAGUUCUAGAUCUCUCAAUUCAUUCACUUUAACUUUUAAAUUACUUCUUAGCUUGUUAAUUUCAAUGUCACAUUCUCUUUGAUCUGUAACAUGAUUGAAGAUAUAAUUAAUUAUUACUUACUUUAAACAUUAUAACAAAAGGAUGAUUAAUAAAAAUACCUUUAACAAGUA